AUGGCGGCCCCAGAAAGCGACCUAAAGACCUUCGCCUCUUUCCUUAAGAAGGAGCGUCAACCUGACUUCGAUAUCAUCGUGAAAGCCUAUCGGUGGUCAGUCCAUAGUCACAUUAUCUCUAGCCACGAGUUCUUCGGAAAGCUCUGCAGCGGCGCGCCCGAGGACGGUAAGCGACACGAAGUGCAUCUCGACGAUGACGAACCGGUCAUCAUUGCCCACUUGAUCCUUUGGUGGUACACAAAGGAAUACGACACCGAGGCUAUAUAUGACAUUGCUGGAUUCGACCUAGAAAGUCUUAUGAACUAUGGCAUGAUAUCUCCAUACUUUUGCUCCAACGCUCUGCCCGCCCUCGAGACAGAAACCGACAAUGAUGGGGACAUUGAUCGGACAAAUCUUUCCCCAAUAUCACUGCACGCGAAGAUGUACCUUAUUGCCGACAAAUAUGACAUCAUGGAACUACGUGAGAAAGCAGUCUAUGAGAUCAGCGAAAUUCUCGACGCCGUGAAGGAAGAUUUGCUACCAUGUUUGAUUCAUUUCUUUGUCACCAAUUCCUCGGUCGAUAGUCCCGUGGAUGGCGACAACGGCGGCAUUCCUCCUGACAAGAACAUUGACGCUUCCGCCACUGGUGUAACUGAACUGUGGAAAAUUCUCGCCGAAACCGCAAGCAAAUACUUCCUCUCAUACCGCACUGACGCGACCUUCCAGCAGAUCAUAACAUGUGACCCGCGCUUCCAUUGGGACGUGAUGGGCAGACUUGCCAGCAUGUUGGAAGCUGCACAGGACAAACUGGCAAGUACUCCUGUUGAAGCGCCGAAGACGCCAAAGAAGAGGGGAAAGAAGAAGCAGGAAAAUAACUCGAGCUCGGAGUCGGCCCGAGACAAACAGAAGAAGAAAGAGAAAGGAGGAGACGCGCCUGCGAAGAAGCUGAAGAGGGAGCCAUGCAUGGUGAACGAACAGUGA